CACGAAGUACACAGCACGUAACUGUCGCAUUACCUUCUGACGAACGUGCUGUUGUCGCACAUACUUCGACUGCAAAUCCGCACAUCUACCGAUUGCCCUACCUCACUAAUCACCCCUCCCGUCCAUAAUCGCCAAACACCCCGCCAUGUCCACCGAAGCCAACCAACAAAUCGCAAACGAGACGGACCAGCAGCAAGCCGGAGUCGUCAAAGUAUCUGAAGAGCCGAAAACCUACCGGGAAGUCGCCGCCGAACACAUCGAUACCCUCAACGAGAUCAACCACCAAAUACCCAAACUGCUCAAGUACUUCGCGACGGCCCUGAGCCAGCUCACCAACGAUCCGAUCCCCUUCCAACAUGACGCCAUGCAGUGCACACCCGGGACCCUUGAAGCGCGCAAAGAAGCCUUCCGCAUUAACGCCCUCUUCUGCGGAGCAUCCUGCGAAGUAAUAAGAUCAGAGUUGGUCAAGCAGAUCAACGCUCUCGAGCGCUACAAGGUCAUACCAAAAAGCCAUCCCAAGUUUACUGUCACGCAGAGACAGGGACAGGCCCAGAAGGGCAAAGAGAACGAGAGCGAGCUUGUGGAUCCGGAAAAGGAGGUCAAGAACGGAGGUUACGGCGAGUUUGAUGUAGGCGUGCUGAAUGCGAGGGCCAGCUCGGGACAGGUCGGGACAGAGGAUGUACUGGAUCGGGCGAAAGCCAUCCUGGAGGAACUACAGAAGCGGACCGGAGGAACAGUGGAAGAUGAAGAGGACAUGGUUAUCGAUGGGUGAGGGAAUCGCGGCAUACUGAUUUGCGACCAAUCGAACCAAACACCCGAUACCAUGCACUCGAUGCACCGCGUCCCAGGAGAGCCCAGACUAUACACCCGACCCUAGAUGACGACGCAGCAUAUGGAUUGGGAGCUCUCAGCAUGUACCUGGAAACUGAACGGCGGUCACAAGGGGCAGCAAAGCCGGAAUGGAAGGUAGCUGAGCCGAGACGGAUUCUACAACACCGCUGCACGUACUCCCAAGAUGCAGCAGAGUAUAGGGCUUCACGAUAGACGCGCGAAAAACGUCCACGUUUAGAAGUGGGCAGAUGAACUGAAGAAGUGACAU